GCCCAUGCCCACCCCGCACCGCCGCCGGGCAGAUGGAGACGGCAACUGUGACCUCCUGGCUUUCGGAAGCGCGGAGGGGGAGCGCUCCUGACCGAGUCUGCCUGACGAGUGGGACUGGAAACCGGAGCGCCCCGAAGUUUGGGAAAGGCAGGAGGAGAAGUGAAGGGAUGAGCUGCACGCUCUCCGGGGGCGCGCGACCCGCCUUUUUGCAGUUUCCCAGUAGGCAAGUUUUCCUCAAGUGCGCCCUGCACCCGGGCGACACCCCAGAGCAGACCGCCGGGGUGAGGGUGGGGUAACAGGGAGCGCGUCUUCUGCUUUCUACCCCAGCACUCGGCAACUCGCUUCCAGGUGUCCCAGCGUCCGUGCCUCCCCGCCCCCGGCCCUCCCCCGCGGCGGGCAGGUUCAAUCCCGAGGAGGUGUCGCCUGGGAGCCAGCCCCAGGCCCGCAACCUCCUCCCACUCCGCCCUGGCAGCGGCAGCUAAAAGCCCGCGGCUCCAAAGUGGAACUGGAUUCACUUCUUCUGCCAGCGCCGACUCGCCGCGGGGCGCCCCUUCAAAGGCCAGAGAAGUUAAGUCUCCAGAGGAGUCUUGAGCCCGGGUUCACGUCCCGUACAAAUCCUGGGGGCAGGACGGUGUCAUGGAGCUCUCUGGAGCGCAGCCGCCAGGAUCAGCGCCCUUCGGAGAGCCCCCGCCGGCCGAGGAACCGCCAGCUACGGAGGCCUUCUGCUGGGACGGUGGCGAGGAAGGCGGUGGCACAACAGAGGCCCCGAUCCCUGAAAGUCAGCUGGGGGACAGGUCCCUCUCCCGUAAGGAAGAGACUGCCCCCCAGGAGCAGGAGGAGCUGCUGGAAUGCCGCCGCCGCUGUCGCACGCGUUCCUUCUCCUUGCCGGCAGACCCCAUCCUGCAGGCGGCCAAGUUUCUGCAGCAGCAGCAGCAGCAGCAGCAGCAGGGAGCCUUGGGGCUGGGCGACCAGCCCGCCGAAGGGGCUGAGGACUCACCACACAGCCCCGAAGGCUGCUGCGCCAAAUGCAAGAAGCGGGUGCAGUUCGCGGAUACGCUGGGGCUGAGCCUGGCCAGCGUGAAGCACUUCAGCGAGUCCGAAGAGCCGCAGGUGCCGCCCGCCGUGCUCUCGCGCCUCCGCAGCUUCCCCAUGCGGGCUGAGGACCUGGAGCAGCUGGGGAGCCUGUUGGCCGCUCCCCUCUCCGCGCCGCUUCCCCGGCUCCGGCCGUUCUUUCAGCUCCCGGAGCCGAGCGCUGCGGCUGAGCGCCUGCGGCGGCAGCGCGUGUGCCUGGAGCGCGUGCAGUGCUCAGCGCCCUCGGGCGCGGAGGUGAAAGGCUCUGGCCGAGUGCUCUGCUGCCCCGGGCCCAGGGCCGUGACCGUGCGCUACACCUUUACCGAGUGGCGCUCCUUCCUGGACGUGCCGGCUGAGCUGCAGCCCAAGCCCCGGGAGCCUCAGCACCCAGAGGCGCCGUCGGGGGUCGCCAGACCAGGGUCCGAGGAAGCUGAGAAAGAGCUGGGCGAGGAGCACUUCCACUUCUCGCUGUGCCUGCCCCCAGGCCUGCGGCCUGAGGAUGGAGAGGAAGCUGAUGCACGCGGCGUCGCCAUCCACUUCGCUGUCUGUUACCGCUGCGCGCAGGGCGAGUACUGGGACAACAAUGAAGGGGCCAACUACACGCUGCGCUACGCUGAUGCGCCCUGAGCCCCGAGCUCUUUGAAGGGCUAUGGGGCAGCUGCACUCGAGGGCCUUGCUGAGUGCUUUUCUGAGUACUGUGGAUCUGGCGUGAGGGGAGCGUGGAACCGUGACAAAGAAAAAGGAGGGAGCCGUUGAACGGUAAACUCGCACCCCAGGCAGCCCCUUGACUGAGUCUAGUGAGCCUGAGGGAAGCAAUGAAGGCUCUCGCCACUUGCACCUCCGUAGGUGGUCUCUAGGAUUCCCAGCCUGCGUCAGAAUGGGAAGACAUCUCCAAGGCCCCAGCAGUAACUUUAUCCAAGAAAAAGGCUCCCGACUCCUGAGCCUGGUUCUAAAACUUUGGGAUUUGUUUUGAACUCUACAUGUCACAUUUUAGCCCGUGCAGCUUGCUGAAGACCUCUGGGAAGGACACAGCGUCCAGACAUCGCGCACCGAAGGAAGGUGCUUGAUUGUGGGAGCACAAGUGGCACCUCUACACCCCUGGAAGGCCUACUUCUUAGAGAAACCCGGGUGGGGGCUGGGCCAGGCCCUUAUCUUUUUGCUGGAACCUGGGGAAUGUUCGCCCAGACUUGUGCGGUUGUGUACAAAUGUCCUUUAAAAGAGUAAAGGCCACUUGCACACCCUU